AUGUAAUGCCUCGGCUCAGUUUGGUUGGAAAACACGGUCUGCGGACUACUGCAACAGUGCCACACAUAAAGUGUGGUUUGAAAAACGAUACACUGCUGCCCUCUUUGUUUUUUCUGUUAAAGUUGCACUUGGUACACUAUCAGCGAUUGUAGUAUAAAUAUAGCGAAGGAUAAACAACGAAUGCAGUGCAGAUUAAACAUCCAUGAAUUUAGAUGAAGAAAAUUAUGUUAAAUAAUGUUAACCAUAAAAUUGUCUUGAACAUUGUGAUGUAAUAAAAAGUCAACGUGUCUAUUUGCUCUGUACAUUGGACUUCGGGUGCCUGACAGACAAAAUACUGGGAACAGGCUAUCGGUAUCAUCCAAUCAGAGAGUACUACGAACUUUCGCUGUAUUGCUGGAUUUUACCCAAUCAUCGUCGUUGUUCUAUUUGAGCCUGGCCAAUGAUUUCGCUGUAUGUUUCCGGGUCAAGGCGACAAACGCCGAUGAUGUGUAUGUUUUGUAGCCUUGUGGUGUAUUAACAACAACUGCUGAACCAAAGUUUGCCCUUGUUUUAACCGGAUAUUUCUCGUAGGACAUGUUGGAAUGCCUCGCAGGUUCGUUGCAGGUUCGUUAACGUGUUGUUGAUACCCGGUUGGUUUCCAGUCUCAACCAUCCGCCCCUCACCGGGGUAUAAGUAGAAAGAGUGGCGUGAACGUAGAGAAUGGAGGAUUUAGCCCGAAAUUGCCAUGGCGGUUGUGACGGCGUGGCGAUACACUAGCGACCGUCUCCUCGGAGGAUGGGGCCCGCUUCUGUGUGUCUUCCUGGGCUCUCUGGUGGCCCUGCUGACGCCCCUGGUCGGAGUGGAGGAGCAAUGCCGUGGCUCCCCGAAUGCCAUCGCACAGUUUCGCUGCCGGCUGUGGGGGAGCUCCGAGCAGCCCCCAGCUGUAGAGACCACCGGCCUCACUGUUUCUCUCACAGGCCUCGACCUGCUUCUUCCGAGGUCCAAGCCUAGCAAAGAGAUGAUUUUUGAGGCCCGAGCGGCGCUGCAGCUGGCUCAGGAGAUGAAGAAACACGGCAAGAGGGAGAAAGCCCACAAGCUGCUGGUGCAUGCACUCAGUCUGAAUCCAGACUAUGUGGAUGCCCUGACCGAGCUGGGGACUAUUUUGGAGGAGGAGAAGGACGUGGUGCAGGCAGACCACCUGUAUUCCAAGGCUUUGGCCAUCUCGCCUUGUAAUAAAAGGGCACUGGUGAGCAGAGACCUCACGCUACCGCUGCUGCAGGAGAUUGACCAGCGUCACUUCGGCAUCAUAGACAGUAAGGUGCGCAGACUCAUGUCCAUUCCUAAAGGCAACUCUGCGCUACGUCGGGUGAUGGAGGAGACUUACUAUCACCACAUCUACCACACCGUGGCCAUAGAGGGCAGCACGCUCACUUUAUCCGAGAUCCGUCACAUCAUCGAGACGCGCUACGCCGUCCCCGGCAAGAGCCUGCAGGAGCAGAAUGAGGCCAUUGGUGUGGACGCAGCCAUGAAGUACAUCAACACCACGCUGUUAUCCAGGACAGGAACCAUCAGCGUCAGUGACAUCCUGGAGAUCCACCGUCGAGUGCUGGGUUACGUGGACCCCGUGGAGGGAGGGCGCCUGCGCACCAAUCAAGUGUUUGUAGGCCAUCACAUCCCUCCGCAUCCUCAGGACCUGCAGCGGCACAUGGAGGAGCUGGUCCAGUGGCUCAACUCGGACGAGGCCUUGCAGCUGCACCCGGUCGAGUACGCCGCUCUCGCGCACUACAAACUGGUGUACGUGCACCCGUUCGUGGACGGCAACGGGCGCACGUCACGCCUCUUGAUGAACCUUGUGCUCAUGCAAGCGCGAUACCCGCCCAUCACCAUUCGCAAAGAGCAACGGGCCGAGUACUACGCAGCUCUAGACACAGCCAACGAGGGCGACGUGCGUCCCUUCAUUCGUUUCAUUGCCAAAUGCACCGAGAUUACGCUGGACACUUUGUUGAUCUCAACCACUGAGCAUGCAGUGGGACUCCCGGGGGCCAGCCAGGACCACGCCUGUCCUGAUUGCAAACACACCAUCCGUGUUCACAACUGAUUUGGUGUUUGGAGGGCAACGGUCAUGGUCUAGUUUUCACCCUAAAGGGUCAUAUUCAUCAGCUCAUGCCGGCUCUGUCUUGAAUCUGCUGAACAUUUGGAGUGGGAAGAGGUAUUUUAAUUCCAUUCAAGCACAAUCAGAAGUUGUCUUCUGGAAAAAGUGUCACUUUAGAAGCUUCGACAAUUGACAUUUGGGACCUCUAGUACAGAUUUAUUUUGGGAAGAACGUGAAAGCACUUUCAUAGUUUGAUAAUUUAUUUUAUGCAAAUAAAAGAAGUGGUAUUAACGCUCA